AUGAUGAAACAUCCACACCAAGUGCUGCAUAGACUGCAGAGAUUGCACAGCAUGAAACUAAAAGAGAAAGGAAUUUCAUUGUUUCACCAAAUUAUUGAUAAGGAAUAUGAUUGCCAAAUGGAAAUUUGGUAUAUUAGAUGGCUGCUAAAAUUAUAUGUUUAUUAUUUUGAGAUAUAUAUAUGAAAUGGCGAUGAUGUCUGACCCGUCCACGAGUGGGCGGUAAUCAGUAUAUAUCUGGGUAUGGUUUUUUGGAGUCGAGAGCUAGCCCAGCAAUAUUUGGUGCCCUACAGCAAAGGACUUAAGCACAAAUCCUUUGGUUUGUGGCCGGACACACGGAUAGUUACUCGUGAGAUCUUUUUGCCAGGUCGAGCGCCCCGAAAUGGAGCAGGUGAAUUGCCUUAUAGUGGCUGAGUAUUUUUUUGGGAUGACCUGGGGAAAAGGAAGGCAAGUUAGACGAUCAAGAUGCUCUCUACGGUUAAACAACUCCUAAACCGGCCACGGGUGAUCGGCAGGGUGGAGUAGCAAAACGGUUGAAGGGGGCCAAGUUGGAAAUGGUGUGCUCGACGAAGAUUUUUCAAACCCAUCGGGCAAUACCAAUGCCGAGAAACUAGGAGUUUCGGCAUAGGCUUGGAAUUACCAGAGAUGGAAGCCACCCAAUGUGGCUGUGCCGCCAGGUAACUACGUCAUACAGAAUGCCACAGUGAGAAGUAGGGAAUUUAAAUACUCAGCACGUUUUAAUUUAAUUAAAUUAAUAAUUUUUUUUUGUUGAGAUGACUCUAGUCAAGAUAGCAGCUUUAUUCAAAAUAUUUGUCUUAGUGGUACUUGCAUAUAAAUGAAUGAUUGAAGAAUGAUUUGAAUAA